AUAAAUAAACUUACAGGGAAACAUGAGGUUUCGUCUUCAGGACAAGACAAGACAAAUGAAUAUAACCCCAUCUUUGUUGGUCAUGUUAGUGACAGUCAUUACAUUAGUCUACGACCAAAGAAUUGGCAACAAACCCUGCUGAAUGGUUUGCAGAAUGGAGAAAUAAUGAGAAAGACAGCACUUAGAGAUAAAUCUAUGAUACAGUUUCCCGUGCAGCGCUUUAAUAUUAUAUUGCGAUACAUGAUCAAGAAUAACCUUAUACAAUCUCAUUUAUCACCUGUUGCUGACAGCUUGUCACAGCUUCUCAUUGAGGAGAAUGGAUAUCACACUGAGAAUUUUGGAUCAUUCAUUUGCAAAAUGGUCCCGUAUAAAAGCAAACAGACAGGUUAUGCUAAGAAUCCAGAUCAUGAAAAAGAAAAUGAAAAAGAUACUCUAAAAGCCAGCCUGACAAUUUUCGAAAUUCCUCAUGACACCGAUAUAGUGACACAAAUGACCAAUUCUAAAUCGGUCGAUUUGUUGUUUGCUAGAACAGAACAAAUGACUGCUGGUCAUCUCAAACUAUCUCCGUGUGAACCGAAGUUAUGGCGCGGACAAACAGUAUCUUCCAUUGGGGGACGCAUAUUUUUACAAACGAAUGAUACAUGCCAUGACUCCGAUAGCACACUGUUUCCACCGGGAUUGUUCCAACUGAACAUCGACAUGCAUUUUGUGUUAGCUUCCGAUGUUCCCUAG